AUGGUUUUAGUUCAAGAUUUAUUACACCCAAAUCCAAAGACAGAAGCUCAAAAGCAUAAGUUGAAAACUUUGGUUCAACAACCAAGAUCCUAUUUCAUGGACGUCAAGUGCCAAGGAUGUUUAAAUAUUACUACCGUGUUCAGCCAUGCUCAAACAGCCGUUACCUGUGAAAAUUGCUCUACUGUUUUAUGUACACCUACUGGUGGUAAAGCCAAGUUAACUGAAGGGUCAUCAUUCAGAAGAAAGUAA